AUGGAAAAAAGAUCAAUAAUCUUUUUGUAGUAGGCCUUGAUUUUCAUUUUUGGUAUUAACCUUAAUAAGGCUUCUUCUAAGUUCCAUAAGAUAGCAACAAUAAUUGGAUGCCAGAAUUCAUCGGCUUAAUACCUACCAAAAAAAUCAAUAAAUAAAAAAUAUGAGGUGGUUUUUAGAAAGGAACAUCUUUAAUUUAUGCAUGAAUUGAAUUAACUUCUUGUCAGAACAAGGUAUUCAAAGUUCCCUCUGUUUGCACUAGAGAACUCAAAACUCUAGGUAAAGUCUAGUUUUUUAGUUUACAUUAGUUUCCUUUGGCAAUAUUGUCCUAUUAACUAAAGUAUAAGAAUUAAUUAUUAUCUAACAGUAAUAGGGUGUCAUAACAAAAAACAUUAAGGGUUAGUAAAAAAGCUGCUGUAUGGUAAUUAAGAUGCUUUGGGAUUUUCUUAUUAAAUAAGAAAAUCCUAUUUAUCUUUCUAAUAUUCAAAAUAAUAAUUUAGCACAACAAUUAUUUUUAUAUUUUCCGAAAAAAAACAGAAUAAAUAUCUCUUAAUAUGAAUAAUCCACUCAUUUUGAUAUUUUUAUACAGGCUUUAAGUUAAUAUUUUUUGCUAUGUUUCAUCAAGAUAUGUAUUUUCAUUAAAAAAAAUUUAAAUGAGGAGCUGA